AUGGCUGACUGUGCUUCAAACAGGCGUAAUGCAGAGAUGGAAAAGGAGAUCGCAGAGCUACGUCGACGACUGGCUACUUCUGCUGAACCUCAUGGCGUGGAAGCAACAGUUAGCGACGAGCUAUCCCCAUGUUCAGAAGAGGUGUUCUGUGGCCCUGAUUCGGCCGUUUCGAACAGAACACGAACGCUAUCUGCUCCGCUGGAAGCACAGCCCUUGGCGACUCCCUUAACCAUCCAGAGGGGCGCCUCCAUUAUGUCCCAGGAGGACAAUAUGUGGAGAUUGGAAGAUGUCUCACUGCCCCGACCAAGAGUCGCACGGUUAUUUGAACAGUACUUCAAAUAUUAUCAUCCCUUCCUACCGCUUUUGAACCCCCAAAAGCCUCCCGAAGAGUAUCUUCGUCGUUGCCCCCUGCAGGCAUGGACGAUUAUCUGCGUCGCAAGUCGAAGGGCUCCAUCAGAGCCUGGUCUUCUCACUGCACUCUCGGGCCCCUUUAGUCGACUCCUGUGGUCAACUAUUACCGGAAUUCCGCAGGACUAUCGUGUGGUGAAAGCUCUUUGUCUUCUCUGCACGUGGCCGCUCCCCACGACAAGUCAAAGAACCGACGCAACCUUUAUGCUUAGCGGACUGAUGAUGCAGAUUGCCAUGCAACUGGGAUUGCAUCGGCCGGUGCAACCGGAGGAGUUCACAACUUUCCGGAUGGAAGUCCAAGGGGAGGCUGUAAAAGAUCGAAUACAAACAUGGGCUAUAUGUAAUAUUGUAGCUCAGAAUGUUGCUACUGGUUACGGGCAACCGCCUGGCACUAUCUACGACUGGGCGCUCGAGCCAGCGUCUCUCCAAGACGCGGAUUAUCACCCUUCCCAUGACCUUCAAACUCGAUUGCGGAUCGAGAAGUUCUGUGAUCGAGUGACGAAGUCAUUGUACAGCAGUAAACCUGAACCCGCGGAGUUCAUUAGCUCUGAGAAGUUGUUGAUUGUGCAGCUGUUGGAAAAUGAGCUGAGAGACAUGGAGGUCGAUCUUGGCCGAGACAUCUCUAACAUCAACAUGAUCCAUCUACGAGCAGCUGAGCUGCAUUUGCGGUACUUUGUAUUUUUAGGUUCUAACCCACGAAGUGACGAUUUAACGAAACUUUUCAUUGCCACCACGUCAUUCCUUGGGCGAGUAUUAGAUCUCGAAACAUCUCCUGGGGAGCUGAUUGGCCAUGCGACUAAUUAUAUUCUUCAAAUGAUCGUAUCUGCUGCGUUUGCCCUGAUGAAGCUGUUGAAAAGUGACUUUAGUCGCCACAUCGACUUCGAUCACGGGAAGCUUCUGUUCAACGGUGCCAUUUCAGCCAUUCGACGAAUUAGCGUCAUGGAUCACGACCGUCCGGUGCGCCUGGCUGAUAUUUUAGCUCAGAUGUGGAAUGCGGGGGGCUCCGAUCCCAGCGGAGAGGAGGCUUUACUGCUGAAGGUGCGCUGCCGAAUGAGUAUGAGCCAUGUCUAUGAUACUGUUUGGCGUUGGCGGCAACGAUUCCGGCCGAUCAAGAGCGUCGAAGAUGCUCAAGCGUCUUUAGCCAACCCGAACCUGUCGGCGACGGCUGGCCCUGUUUCUCGACAAGACGAUUCGCUAGAGGACCCGGGGUUGAUGUACGCGCCCAACUUCGACCAAGGAGGAGCAUUUAUCAGCGAGGUCGGAUUUUCGGAAGUGUUCGAUUCCCUCAACUGGGUGUUUGACGGAAUUCCGGACUCGUUUGUUGCUCCUCCCGUUAUGUAG